UGCGAGAAUAAAUUUUCCAGAGAUGGCUGAUCUUCCAGAAAAUACUGGAGGAGCCAACGCAACAAAUCGUUUUGAUCCUGGAGCUCCACAACAGAGAAUGAUGGGGAAUCAAAAUGGACAGCUUGAUAUGAAUCCUCCUGAUAGGGAUAAUAGACUACAAGAGAAAUAUAAUAGGAUGAAUACUAAUAUGCCUGCUGCACCUGCUUCUGUAUCUCAAGCUGAGAAUCAACACCCAAACUUAAAUCGCCAAAACCAACUGGCACAGAGUAUGCCUCAAUUACCUAGAGGGGCCAAUCAGCGUUAUAAUAAUGGGGCUCCCUCCAAGAACAAUACAGGAGGCGGGCUGGAAUUCAGAGACGAUGCUUCUAGAGUGUCCAUGUCUCGUAUGAAAAGCUCCUACGGUGAAGAACUUAAGAGACAAAUGGAAGCUGAUAAGCAGAAACGGAGAAAAAGCAAAGAAAAAGAUCGUGAUGAAGAUAUCGAUUUCUUACAAGAGUCCUUUAAUUACCAACCCUUUGGCAGAGGCGGAGCUGGAGCUCCUCUAAGAGAUCAGUUUGGUAAUAUGAUUACAUCGAGAAAACCUCAGAUGAGAGGGGAUCAUGAGAGACAGCAUUUUAAACGAUUCUUGAAUAAAAGUUCUAGAGGUAGCUCUAGAGCUAGUCAUAGGAGUCAUCAAAGAAGACAAAGUCAUGCCAAAAUUGAUAGGUAUGAAAACUUUGAAGAAGAAGAUGAAGAUGGAUUUGAAAAUGAGCCAGACCUUAUUGCAGCAGGCCCUAUUAGCAACACUACUGCACAAACUGCAGCUCAGAUGGCUAGCAAUAGGUUCUUCAAGCCGGACUAUAUAGUCGAUGUGCAGCCUAAAAAGAAGAAAGCAUCAAGAAUUCCUACAAUGCCGCCUCCUAGGGAGCCAGAACCACAGCCUCCUCAACCUCAGGUAACUUACCAGGUAGUUCAGCCCCAAGUUGACUGGGCAGCUUGGAGGAAUGAGCUAUUCGCCUUACUCCAAUGGGAACGUUGGCAAAGAGAAGAGGAAGAAAAGAGAAGGAAAUAUCAGUGGAUGAAUGACGAAGAAAAAUACAAAGUUGAAAGGGAAUCAAUGGAAAGAGGCUUCCAGAGAGACCUUGAAGAUAGAAGAAGGCAGUUCGUGGAUAUUCAACAAGAGAACCUUGAACGAAUGCAAGACUAUUGGGAGCACAGACAUGACGAAGAGAUGAGAAGGUGGGAAGAGAUGAUGGCAAACCCUAGGUAUGUACAGUAUUUGGAUAGAGAUAACUCAGUGAAACUUUCCCAAGCCUUUGUCGACCAACUCGGUUCAACCAUGCGGCUCGAAUUAGACAAGAUUAAAGGAAAUAUGGAUGGAAGAGACCUAGAGCUUCUUAAGCAAAUUGCUUCGCUGAAAUAAAGAUGCAACUGUUGCUGAUAGAGAAAGAUUCGAUAGUCUUGCAGAAGUAGACAGAAUGAGAGGAGAACUUGAAAAUCAAAAAGCUCUUGAUGGAAUCAGGCAUAAAUAUGUUUACAACACUCUACUCUGGGAUAAACUAAUGGAUCACAAGACGAGGUAUCCUGAGUGUCAGCCUAAAUACAAAGAUUUCGAUUACAGCAAGAAAUAUGCUGUUGAGAAAUCUAUUGUAGAUGCAAUUCCAACAGUUCCAGAUGGAGAAAAGUUCAAACUUGACAGCUUGGACAAAGAAAGAAUUAAAAUUGAUGAUAUAAACCAAAGAAGUAGUCAGUUCCUUGCUCAGACGAUCAAUGAUAAAGCAAGAGUUGAGCUAGACAAACUUGACUCUAACCUAUUCAACACCGAAGGCUCGAAGACAUAUCGUGAUGCCCAUGAUGCAUACUCUCGAAUGGGUGGGCUUAAGACAGGUGAGCAUCAGGUCAACUAUAAGGAGUUCUAAGUGAAGGGCUUUCAUACUAAUUUCUAUUUUCAACUAUAUCCUG